AUGUUAACAUCAUCAUUGCCAUUUCAUCUGGUGAACGCUUUCAUAGUGAACGAUGAUCUUCACAGUGGCAAUCAAGCUUCUGUAGUUGUUUUUCCGGAUGAUCAAGACGAAAGAUGGAAAGAUGAACGCUGGUUAUUGAACGUCGCGAAAGAUUUCAACUAUUCAGAAACAGCUUUUCUAGUUCCAUUAUCUUCACCUUCGCAAGCAGAGACAGAUACGAUAGGCAGAUGGGAAUUGAGAUGGUUCACAGUACAAGAGGAAGUACAUCUAUGUGGACAUGCAACUUUAGCUACUUCAAAAGUUCUAUUCUCGUUAUAUCCUUCUUUGGAUAAAGUCGAAUUCAGUACUCGAUAUAGUGGUACUUUGACUGCCAUAAAGACUGAAGAUGAUGGGAUUGAAAUCACAUUACCAGGUAUGGAAGAUGAAUAUCUAUCGAAAGCAGGGACUAGAGGUUCAGAGGAUGAAAUCGAAAGAUUAUCAGUCGCUUUGGGUUUAUUGGACAGUGGAGAUAUUCUAGGUAUAUCUGAAUGUUUAUAUAGCGGUGAUAGAAGUCCAAUAGUCCAAAUAUCCGAUAAAGUGGAUAUUAGGGAUAUACAAAUUGAUUUCAAAUCACUUGUCACUUUCUCUAAAUCAAUGGUAAUCACCCAGAUUGAUACGCUGAAAUCAACGGAAGAAUCCAAUAGACUACAUAUCAAAUCAAGAGUCUUCGGACCUGGUUUAGGACUCGAUGAAGAUCCAGUUACCGGUUCGGCUCAUGCAGAUUUAUGUGGAUAUUACCUUGCUUCUCCUGCAAAUAAAUACCUCCCAGAACACUUACGGGAUAAUCCUAAAAUAGAGGUUAUAGCUCUACAGUGUAGUCAGAGAGGUGGUGAAUUGACACUUAGAUGGGAUGAGGAGAUUAGAAAAGCUAGAAUCAUUGGUAGAGCUCAUCAAUUCGCUGGCGGUACUUUGAUUGGUUCGUGA